AUGGACAGGCAAGAGCAUCGAAAGAGCGACGGCCCGAGCUUUUGGAGGCUCAUGGGAGACUGUGAGGAAGAAGAGAGAAUGUGGGUGAUAAGCAUCCAGGACACCACUUACGAGUUUGGAUGGCGGGAGCCGUGGUCCAUGAGGAAUACGACCGACCUCGUGCCUCACUGGAGCGCGCCCUUGUUGCUUGUCCAGACGCCUUAUUGCUCUGCACAGGGCCUCAUCAAGCUGACCUCAACUGCAACCACGGCGUGCGUCCAUACCAUGCUGGCGUUGCAAAAGGACCCUGUCGAACGCAUGGUCAUUACCCAUUCUCGUGACAGAAGGCUCAUGCUGCUCCGUCCAAUAUCUCCCCGAAGACCCAUAUACUACUACAUUCAUUCGCUCACGCAACUAAUAGCGCUGCUCUCCGGCAACAAUGGACUCAGUCUCAACUACUACUAUACACACGCCAUCCAACACUCCAUGGAAACAGAAGUUCCUGCAAGGCCGUAUCGCGCUUCGAUCUUCCAUCAGCCGUCUUGGCGCCCGUCCCGCCUUGGCUCCGGCUCUGUGUUUCCAUUUUCGCUCACAGCUGCUGCCGCUGCGCGCGAAAUCCUCCGCGCGGUUGCGCUAUUGGAGCGUGGCUUGUCGGGCUCCGACUCUUGGGUGUUGUUUCUGGAGGUCUGA